AUGAUAGGGUCAAUCCUUUCAAGUAGGCAUCCUGGUCUUGCUCAAUUGCCAACGGAUGCGGCCCAGUGCAAGAAGGGUUUCAAAGAUGGCAAGCUGUCUUAUAAGGUGGUACCGCUGGCUUACAUUCAGAUUCAUGAAUUGACUCAUACUCUUGGGGUCAGUGAGAUUCCAUUCAAGAAAGCAAAGGUCACGGAUAAGCUGAAGGCCACGGGCGAUCCUGCAGAUGGACCCCAGAAUGUGAGGGCACUUAGAGAUAAGCCAGAGCAUGGAAAGUAUGCCGGGACCAAGGAUCUUCUGCUGGGGCCAAUUGAGAAUGCAGACAGUUACGCCUGGUGUGUUGUUGAGGCCUACUUUUCCUUGCUCUGUCACGAGAGAUUUGGUGCACCAGCCUCCAACCAGAUGGCUCCCGACGGUGUCUGCUCGAAUGGGCCAGACAAAGUGUACACUCAUCGUAAAAGGUAG